AUGCAGGGCGGCGGCGGCGUGGAGCAGCCGAUGCAGAUGGUGCUGCGGGCGAAGCACCCGUCGUCGCUGGGCAGCAGCGCGGGCGACGAGGACGAAGGCGAGGGCUCCUCGAGGUCGGCGCUCUCGGUGUUCAAGGCCAAGGAGGAGCUGAUCGAGAGGCGCAAGAUGGAGGUCCGGGAGAAGAUGUUCGCGCACCUCGGACGCGUCGAGGAGGAGUCCAAGCGACUCGCCUUCAUCAGGCAGGAGCUGGAAGGGAUGGCGGAUCCUACACGGAAGGAGGUGGAGUCCAUACGGAAGCGGAUGGACACGGUGAACCGUCAGCUCAAGCCUCUCAGCAAGAGCUGCGUCAAGAAGGAGAAAGAAUAUAAGGAGGUCCUGGAGGCGUACAACGACAAGAGCAAAGAGAAGGCGCUGCUAGUGAACAGGCUAAUCGAGCUUGUGAGCGAAAGCGAGAGGAUGCGGAUGAAGAAGCUCGAGGAGCUCAACAAGACAGUCGACUCACUCUACUAG